GACUUGGCGCGAGCUGACUUUGCAGCCGCUGUGGAUCUUGUGGCGGGAGUCCUUGCGGUCGCGAUCCAGACACGAAGAGUGCACUGAGCGACACAGCCCUACAGAGUGAAAAGCUCCGUGAGGUCUGGUGCCCAGAGAGUUGAGGCUGGUCCGAGCAAGGCCGGUGGAGAGCGGAAAUCGCCUGAGCCAGUUGUGUGGCCAUCAUGCCUCAAACCCGAUCCCAGACACAAGCUACUAUCGGCUUUCCGAAAAAGAAGCAAUCUAAGACCCUGAACAAAACAAACUCCCGUGACAAUGAAGUGAAGCUUAAAAACGUCCAGCCUGUCCCCACCACUCCAUGUGCGGACAUAAAGAUUCUGCCCCUCAGUCCCCGAAAACGUUUGGGCGAUGACAACUUGUGCAAUACCCCUCGUUUAUCUCCCUGUUCUCCGCCAAAGCUGGGCAAGAAAGAAAAUGGGCCCCCUCGCUCACAUACACGGAAGGGGUGCAGACUGGUAUUCGAUGAUGAGCUGGCAGUUAAGGCUUCCACCCAAAAGGAACAAGACACAGUUCACCAGCACCAGGUCCUUUCCUCCGCUCAAGAGAGCGAGACAAAGCCUGAGCAGCGGUGUCCACCCGAGAAGGAAUCCGCGAGUGUAAGACUGUUUAAGCAAGAAGGCACUUGCUAUCAGCAAGCAAAGCUUGUCCUGAAUACAGCUGUCCCGGAUCGGCUGCCUGCCAGAGAACAGGAGAUGGGUGUCAUCAGGGAGUUCCUGAAGGAACACAUCUGUGGGAAAAAAGCUGGGAGUCUCUACCUUUCUGGUGCUCCUGGGACUGGAAAAACUGCCUGUUUAAGCCGGAUUCUGCAAGACUUCAAGACGGAAGUAAAAGGCUUUAAAACUAUCCUGCUGAAUUGCAUGUCCCUGAGGAGUGCCCAGGCUGUGUUCCCGGCUAUUGCUCAGGAGAUUGGCCGGGAGGAGCUCGGCAGAGCAGCUGGGAAGGACUUGAUGAGAAAGCUGGAGAAGCACCUGACGGCCGAGACGGGCCCCAUGAUUGUGUUGGUGUUGGAUGAGAUGGAUCAGCUGGACAGCAAAGGGCAGGAUGUAUUGUACACACUGUUCGAGUGGCCGUGGCUAAGCAACUCCCGACUGGUGCUCGUUGGUAUUGCUAAUACCCUUGACCUCACGGACAGAAUUCUGCCGAGACUUGAAGCGAGAGAGAACUGCAAGCCGCAGUUAUUGAACUUCCCCCCUUAUACCAGGAAUCAGAUAGCUGCAAUCUUGCAGGAUAGACUUAAUCAGGUGUCAAGAGACCAGGUUCUGGACAGUGCUGCAAUCCAGUUCUGUGCCCGCAAAGUGUCCGCUGUUUCGGGGGACAUCCGUAAAGCGCUGGAUGUUUGCCGGCGAGCUAUUGAAAUUGUGGAGUCUGAUGUCAGGAGCCAGACAAUCCUCAAGCCACUCUCUGAAUGUAAAUCGCCCUGCGAGUCGCCGGUUCCCAAGCGUGUUGGUCUUGCUCACAUAUCCCAAGUCAUUUCAGGAGUUGAUGGGAACAGGGUGACUUUGAGCCAAGAAAACACACAGGAUUCCCUCCCUCUCCAGCAGAAGAUCUUGGUUUGCUCUUUGCUGCUCUUGACCAGGCGACUGAAAAUCAAAGAGGUCUCCUUGGGGAAGUUGUAUGAAGCCUACAGUAGCAUCUGUCGCAAACAGCAGGUGGCAGCUGUAGACCAGUCUGAGUGUUUGUCCCUUUCAGGACUCCUGGAGUCCAGGGGCAUUGUGGGAUUAAAGAAAAAUAAGGAGAGCCGCCUCACCAAGGUGUCUUUGAAGAUUGAAGAAAAGGAAGUAGAGCAUGUCCUGAAAGGCAAAGCUUUCCUUGGGAACAUCCUCGCUGCUGGCCUGCCCUGAAUGUCUCCCACUGGCAUUUGGCAGCCUGGGGAGUCUUCAUUUUUAGUAAGGGUCGUGGAAACAUUUACGGCCUUUUUUACUCCGCACCAGUGAAUUUUGGCGUCUGGAUUCAUGAGUGGUAGCACUUGAGUGGUAGCACUGGCUAGUGUCUUUGGCUCUUAUUGUUUUUACCCCUAAAAAUGACCGAGUGGCUGGGUGUGGUGGCGUAUACCUGUGAUCCCAGGAUUGGGGAAAUAGAGUCAGGAGUUCAAGGCCAUCCUUUGCUACAUGAGUCUGAGCUGGCCUGGACUACAUGAGACUCUGUAAGAAUAAAACCAAUGACCCCUUUUAAGGCAAUAUUCAGUACUUUCCCCUUUCACGUUUCUAACCACAGUACCUGCGAGUAUUACAGACUUGGGUUGACGAAUUUGUGAAUGUAUUACCUCUAUCUACAAAGGAUAUAUUUUGUAAAGAACUUUGAGGACGGAAAUGGAAUGAUCCAGAAAAAAUACACAAGCCUACGUGGAAAUAUAAAGAACAUUUUUUUCAGAGGAGGCUCCGUUCACGUGACAGGUGCUGCUGCUCUGGACUUUUUAAGGACAGAUGAAGAUUGUCCAGUGCUCCCCACCAGUGUGGGGGUGAUAAGGAGAGUAACUACACAUUGUGAAUAUAUUUAUUUUCAAGUUU